AUGGGAUGGGUUAUAUGUCGUACAAGAAGCCUAUUCAAGUGGGGUUUACAAGCUGGUGAAGGUGCUGCUAUAUAUUUUGGGAAAGAGGAGGCAAGGAAGCGUAUUCAUAAUGGAGAAAACAUUAUUUGGACUUCGACAAUGCCGCGCAGAUCUGGUCUGCACCACUACUAUGACGAUGGUAAGGCAGAUGAGUCCGAGUUAAAUUUCUUUAUGAGUAUUCGCUCGAAUUAUCUUCCUUUGAGGGAUGGAGUCAACUUUAUUAUUGAACUUUACAGCCCUCAUCGAUUCAGCCGCCAAUUUGGUUUUUACCAAGACACCCCUGGUCGCUUGGAGCAAGAUUUUCGUGAGGCCUCAUUAGAAGAAGGGUUAAGACUUGCACGGAUUUGUGUGUUGACUAGAUCUAAGUCAAGGGCAGUAUUUCCUCCUUUUGGAUCCAACAUGAAGAAGUUUACAUCAUCUAACUACAGAUCUUGGUGGGCAAGGGCGCAUGGAAGCCUUCUUGAAGAUCACUUACAAUUUUUGAUGAAUACUGUUGAGCCAAUCACAGAUACUAUUCAAGGCUGCAACGAAGAUGUUUUAGUAAUUGAUGAGCUUCCUGCUUUACAGUCUAAAGUAGUUGGGAUGCGUGCAGGCAAUGGACCUAUGCUACGCAAAGAAGUUCAAAGAGAAGAGAUCCACUCUCCAGUUGACCAAAGUCUUAUUCCAUUUGGUGUAGUCAUUGAUGCCUCUAACAAGUGCCUGUCCCAAGAGGAGAGUGAUAGCAGCAAAGGAGAUCAAUAUUGGAAAAGGAAAAGGCCAAACCCAGAAGGGGUUAUAGAAGUUCAAAGUGUUGAUAGCCCUUCAAGAACACUAACAGCUCAGAACAAGGAGGCUAAUAACGUUGUGUUGCAACGAGUAAGGCCACAAGAUAGUGGUGAGUCUGUAGCAGGACCAAACCCACAGAAAUCAUCUUCAAAGGCUAAGGCAGAUCAAGAGGCAACUUCUAUUUCUCUUAAUGGAAUUAGGGCAAAGUUGGGCUCUGAUUUGCAUGAACGACCAACAGUUGCAGCUUCAGUUUUUGAUGGAAAGAAGGUUGUCUUGGAUAUUCGAAAGGAGUUUAUCUUAAAGCUUUGGACUUCAAUUCAGCGUAAGCUGAAAGGCAGCACUGCGGACAAUGUCUCUGAGCUUGAAGAGAAUACUAAAGUGAUCCUUGAGGCAAUGGGUGGGGAUGAUGUGGAUAUUUCCCCUUUGAAAAACCUAUUAGAGUCCCUUUUUGAGCUUGCUGCUUCCUAUAACAAGACACGGUCGGAUUUAUCUGAGAAGGUUGAAGAGAAUGCAAGGUCGGAUAUUGAGGUAUGCCUUACAAAUGCCAUGAUUAAAGAAGAAGAGAAGGUUAGAGAAGUGUCAUCUAUCCGCCAGUCCUUAAUUAUAGUGAAAGAGAAGAUAGAGAAGCUCCGUGAAAAAGAGAAGGACUUAGAAUCCCUUUUAGAAGCUGCUGAGGAAGAAGCUGAAGAAGCCAAGUUGGGAGCCUCAACUGCUAGAAAGGAGUACGACGCAUGCUGCACUGCCUUGUUGACUGCUGAUGACUUGGCUGAUUUGGAUAAGAAGAAGAAAUACUUGGAAGCUAUGCUCAAUGAUUUGGCCAACUACAAGUUAUGCUUAGAUUAGGCUAUAAACACUGCUUUAUUUGUUCCUUUUCCUUUUCUUCUUGCAUUUGAUUGUUUAGUAGAUGUUCCCAUCAGCAAUAAAACUCCUUUUGCUUCACUUUA